GACCGUAAAAAAUAGAAACUUCCAAGAUGGCCGAGUCCGUGGACUCCAUGCAUUUCGCAGCAAACAGUAAAACAAAUUCCUCUAAACCCCUGAUAGCCAAGCGGCCACCGGAGAGCCGACCGCAGUCUUCCAGCGACACUUACCCACCGCCCCCUAAGAAGAUCCGGGUGGAGGAGAAGGGCCUGAAGCACAGGAAAGUGAACGGAGAGGUGUGCGCAGGGGAAAAACACAACGGGAAGCAGAGUUGUGGGAGCCCAGCGAAAUGGAGUUUCGGCCCGGCCAAGGCGAGCCACUCCACCGCCGCUGCUGUGCCAGCGACUCCCGCUCGGAAAAUCUUCAAAAUCAGCAACUUCCUUGCUUCGCCCGUGAAAGUGAAGAAGGCGAAAGAGAAGCGACACAAGGAGAAGGAGAAAGGCGGCGAAGCGCAGCGGAGCUCCCCCGCGGGUGUGGAGAGACUGAGCCCAGCUAGCUACCAUACAAAGACGGAGAACGGCGACGGGAAAACGCUACAGAGAGAACAUCGUGUGAAGGAGAAAGAAAGAGAGAAGAAAAAGAAUAAAGACUGGAAUAAUCACAAACUGCCACCUGUCCACGACGGUAGAGAAAACGGAGAAGUGAUUUCCCCACAGAAAGAGCCAAAUGAGAAACCCAAAGCUGGUUCAGAGGAAGAUCUCCUGCUGAAGAAGAUCAAGAAGAAGAAGAAAAAGAAGCACAAAGAUGGGGAGAGGGUGAAGGAGAGAUAUCGACCCAAAAUGUAUCAUCGUUCGUGCCAGACGACGUGUUCAGGGGUUACUCUGGGUAUACCUGAGUUCCUCAGUCAAAUCAAUGGGAACGACAGCAGCAGCAGCAGCAGCAGCAGCAGCAGCCUACUGCACACCUCCACUGCACCACUACAACACCAUCAGGAUCCUGUUACUGCUGCUACAUCUGCCUCCAUGGUCAGGGAAAGGCUGGGCUACAGCUCCCCACUCCACUGCACACCAGUGCCGGGCUUGUCAGGUCUGGAGUUUAGACAUCUGAUCCACAUUGAGCAGCAGGCCAACGGCGGAGCGUCUGUGGCGCACGCCUAUAUGGAGCAGCUCUCUGCUCUGUCUCCAGCCGAGGUGCAGCGCUUCGCCCAGGAGUUUGUGACCUUGUCCUUCAGUGAGGACGAGGCCCAGGCCGCCAGUUUUGUGAUGGGAAUCAUUCAUGGAGCGGCGUCCUAUCUACCAGACUUCCUGGACUACUUUUCCUACAAGUUCCCCAACGCACCAGUGAAGAUGGAGGUGCUCGGGAAGAAGGACAUAGAGACGACAACAAUGGUUAACUUCUACUCUCAGGUGAAGCGGACAUAUUCCCAGGGAACAUACCGUGCCGGGGCCAUGCGGCAGGUCAGUCUGGUCGGAGCUGUGGAUGAAGAGGUCGGAGAUUAUUUCCCAGAGUUCAUCAACAUGUUGGAAGAAUCUCCCUUCCUGGAGCGGACUCUGCCUUGGGGAACAUUCUCCAGUUUGCGGCUGCAGAGUCCCACUGAGAGCGACGACGGCCCCAUCAUGUGGGUCAGACCUGGAGAACAGAUGAUCCCUUUGGCAGACAUGCCAAAAUCACCCUUUAAAAGGAAAAGAUCCACCAAUGAGAUAAAGAACCUGCAGUAUCUACCCAGAACCAGUGAGCCUCGCGAGAUGCUGUUUGAGGAUCGGACCAGAGCUCACGCUGAUCACAUCGGUCAGGGCUUUGAGAGACAGACGACCGCUGCUGUAGGUGUGCUGAAGGCUGUUCGCUGCGGAGAAGAUGGCGAUAUUCCUGCCCGGAUCACCAAAGAUGUUGUGUGUUUCCACGCUGGAGAUUUUCCAGAAGUGGUCAUGAGGCUGCAGCUGGAUCUCCACGAACCCCCUCUGUCUCAGUGUGUGCAGUGGAUCGAUGAUGCCAAGCUGAACCAGCUACGGAGGGAGGGGAUCCGAUACGCCCGCAUCCAGCUCUACCACGACGACAUCUACUUCAUCCCCAGAGGAGUUAUCCACCAGUUCAAAACGGUGUCUGCUGUCUGUAGUCUGGCCUGGCACAUCCGACUUAGACAGUAUCACCAACACGAAAGGAAGGACGAAGAGGAGGAGGAAAAAAAGUGUGCUAAUACAGAAGUCACACUUCGCGUCAAAGAGGAGGAGGACGAGGAGGACGAGGAGGUAGAAGAGAAGGAGUGUGACCCUGCUGCACAUGAAAUGACGAAGUUGGGGCAAGAGGACAUUGAAGAAAAGUACGAGCCACCCUCACAAAUACCAAGACUCAUAUUCAAGGAGGAAGAGCAGGAGACUAGAGCUGAGAUGAAGGAGUUGUCAAUGACACAGUCUGCACCUUUAGUCAAGAAGGAGAGAGAUGAAGGUGUAAUCACUCACACACUCAUGGAGCCUAAAGCAGAGGAAGAUGAGAGAGAGGGUGGUAAGGGAGGGGAAGACAGAAGUGCAGACACAUGUCAGACACAGCAGAAAGGUCAUGAUGACGGUGGAGUGGACGGCGCAUCCUUUAAAUCACUACAGCAAAGCAGGAAUGAGAAUAAUGUGGAGGAAGAGAGGCAGCAAAAGAUUGUCGUGCCAGGUCAGGGUCUGAAAGAGAAAACGAAAGAUAGUGUAAUGAGCGCUUCUAGCACACUGCCCAUCAAAAAGGAAAAGGACAAAGGAAAAAGAGAGAAAGAUGACAGGGAGAAGCCAAAAGAGAAGGAGAAGAAGGACAAGGAUAGGAGCAAAGAGAAGGAGAGGGAUAAAAAGGACCGGGGCAAAGACAAGGAUAGAGAGAAGGACAGGAUGAGAGAGCAGGAGAAAUUGAAAACAGAGUCAGGAAGAGAGGGAAGUGCAUCGAUCCAGCUUUUGCCACAGAUGAGGAAAAAAGAGGAUGAGGAGCGGAUAAGAGAUGGCAGUAAAACCUCUCAAACAUCUCUCCAUACUCAGAAAGAUGAUAAGUGGGACUCAAAGACACACCCACAUGUCAAGAGAGAGAAGGAGCAUGAGAAAGACCGGGGGGGCGCACAGGCAGUGUCUAACUUACGGCCAGACAGAGACGAGGCUCGAGAGUCGCUUUCACAUAAACACAAGUCUUCACAUGGGAAGAAGGAGAAGAGUGGAUACAAGGAGGGAAAAGAGAGCAACUCAUCGAGUGUGCAAGGUGUGCAGGCAAGGUCAGGGAGGGAAGAUGAGAAGACGGGUGCUCAGAAACCUGCAAAUAUCCAAGUUAAAAAAGAAGGAAAGAGGGAUAAAGAUGUCAGCAGUAAGGACGAGAAGAAGAAGUCUUCCUCUGGUCCUACACCAACAGAACACAAACCACCACGGACGCUCAUUACCUUUGACCUCUUUAAGCCAAUGGAGGCUCACCAAACAUUUGCCCUUUCCUUCAUGGACAGUCGGCCUAAGGCUCAGCACCACAGUGACUCUCGAGGCUCUUCCUCAAAGCCUGGAUCUGACAGUCGGACAGUUGUGCCCUCUAAAGGACCAAGAGUAAAGGACUCGAUGCAGGGAAAACCUGCCACACCCCUACAGGACACACGGCCCCAGCAGCACUUGUUAAAACAGCCUCUAAAAACACACACACAGGCCCAGACAGAGAAGACUUCUUAAUAUGAAUGUCUAGUCUUCUAUUUCUACUGUACAACUUAUGCCAAGGCUUUGUUAAAAAUAUUUGAAAAUACAUCCUCCCUUUGGUUCUACAGACGAGUGGGUGCAGUCCCUUACUUUGCUGACAUAGUCGAUACGUUUUCACACACAGUUGAAGAUGGUUGUAGCUCAACUACGCUAUUCCAAUGGACUACUGUCCUUAUCCCAGUAUACAAACACUGGCAGAGGAUUGAUUUUAUUAAGUGAAGUGUGUCUGCCACCACUCCACUAGAUGGCAAAAUGCCCUGGUUCCGCUGGUUGGUAUUAUCUGGUGGCUAGUUGUUACAUGUCAAACGCCAUUCUGAGUCUUCCUACCAUCCGUUAAUUUAAAAAUAGCACAUUUUUUUAGCCGAUAGAGCAUAAAAUUGAUCAGUCCAGAAUAACAUAUCGGCCCAGAUUUUGCCAUGUCUUUGUCGCUACAGUGUACCAGCUUCCUCUAUUAUCUCCAGUUUAAGUUUAGGGUGGGAACUGCCAGGUCAGCUCGAGUCCUACUUAAUGUAUACGUGCCGUAGUAAUUCGACUCCUAUUCUCAUUAUCCGGCUGCGUUUGUCCAACUGUGAGAAAUUUAGUUCAGUACAAUCUCAAUCGGACAGACAUGUUAACCUGUAUUUUAAAAGGUCCAGUUUUAGUCAAACUAACACAAUCAUUCAUUUUAUCCUGAUGUCAUGUAAACGUACUGACUGAUGUAGUGAAAGGAGGAUUCACUAUCCCAAGUAUUUUAACAGUGCCCAAGAAUGUAAGCUAAGUAGGUCACUUCACGUUUGUUAGCAAGUGUACGUAGGCUCUAUACCGAAUGUUCAGGACCAGUGUGUCAGUGCCUGUGCACUACUUAGCUUCGCUCUUAAAGCACCUAUUUUAGGUACUGGACUAGUCAAUCUGAAAACAACCAUUCUCACCCCUCGCUGUUGGAAAUGUCACCUGUGUUAACUGUUUGGAAGAAAAGUGUCAGCGAGUCACAGUGCUCUCCUGCUGACGUCCUCUUUGCCUUGUUGCUUUUGACGAUGGGGUUUGUUAUAUCAACACUCCAAAAAUCGGAGGAUUUGUUGUUUUCAGACUGGACUUUGACUCGCACAGGGCUGUAAAUGAUACUGUAUGUACCAAAACUGUACAGUAUAAAUGUUAUUAGCACCAAUGUGAGAAAAUGUAUACAGAAAUUGCAUAUAUUUUUUGUAAGACAAGUUUUAUUUUCCAUAGAACUUAUUUAUAUUAUUUACUGUCUGUUUUUAUUUGAAACCAACGUAUGUGGACAAAUUUUGUUGUAAAUACAUUUUAUUUCCUAAGAUAAGACUUGGUAGUGUGAUUUAUACUCUGAUCAGAACCUCUCAAUAAAUGGUUCAAAAAUAUAACUGACA